UUUAAGCUAUGAUCUCUUCGUUGGCUUUCUGUCGUCUUUUUUCCUGCUGAAUUUGAUAUUUAUCAUUUCAACUGUAUACUUACAAACCCUCGAGCUACUUUAUCACAAAACAGUACAAAUAGCAUAAUGAAAUUUACUGGAACUUCAAUUCUCAUCUCUGCUGCUUAUCUUGCUUCAUUUGUCACGGCACAAGGUUCCGGGCCAAUUGUAUCAAUUACGUCGCCGUUAGCAAACACAAAAUAUAAGGCUGGUCAGGAAGCUAUCAUCUCUUGGAUCAAUCCUACAGUUCAAACUAUCCCUCAAAUUGUUUUGGCUAAAGGUCCAUCCAAUGCUCUACAGCCUGUUACCACUAUCGCUACCAAUGUAAAUGCAAAGGAAUUGAAGUAUGUCUGGAAAAUUCCUUUUGAAAUCGAAAAUGGCAAUGAAUAUGCUUUCGAAUUGGGGCAAUCUCCCGACCUUGCUUUUGCUGGCCCUUUCACCAUUGAAGGUGGUGUUGGAGGUACCCUUCCUGCUUCCAAUGGCUCUUCAUCCAGUGCACCUUCAUCUACGCCUCCUUCUGCUGCUGCUCCACCCGCAAACAAUAAUGCUGCUUCUACACCUGCCCCAACAUCUGCUGGUGGCUCCUCCACUACUAGCCAAACACAACCCCACAAUGCUAAUGCCUCUAAUGCUAACAACAAUAAUGGUAAGAGCUCAGGAGCUAAUGUUGAAGCAGUCGCUGGUAAAACUGUUAUCGCUUUAGGUCUUGCUGCUGCUAUUGGCUCCUACCUUUUCUAAAUACUAUCUUUUUCUCGUUCAAAUAAUCGUAUAAUAUUUAUUAUACUUUAAUGUUCUUCAUAAUACUACUCGAACAAAUGUAUAAACUUGCUCCACAACAAUUAUCUACUAGUCUUUU